GGCAGAGAGGCAGCGACACGCCGCGCGGGGACGGACGCUGCUGCAGCCGCAGAGCUCACUGCUGCGAAACACGGGGAGCAGCCGGGACUCAGCACAGCGACGGACAGCCAUAAUGCGGCACCGCCCGCCGACCCCGGAGCUGAUGUGACCGUGCACACCCAGAGACGCCAGCGCAGACUCUCCCCUCGUCGCGGCAGGUCGGUCUGUCUGUCUGUCUUGUCUGGAGGGGGACAUGUCCUCGCUAACCGUAGAGGAGGACCAGAAAUGGGUACCGACGCACGUCCAGGUGACGGUGCUGAGAGGCAGGGGCUUACGGGGCAAGGGCAAGCACGGCACCAGCGACGUGUACACCAUCAUCCAGCUGGGGAAGGAGAAAUACUCGACGUGCGUGGUCGAGAAGACGACGGAGCCGGAGUGGAGGGAGGAGUGCUCCUUCGAGCUGCAGCCCGGCGUGCUGGAGAGCGGCGGGCGGAGCAGCUGCCCGGCCGCGAGCAACGAGCUGAUCCUCAUCGUCAUGCACCGGGCGCUCAUCGGCAUGGACGUGUUCCUGGGACAAGCGGUGAUCCAGCUGGAUAAGGUCUUCCACGAGACCAGAUGCGUGAAAAACGAGUGGUACAAACUCAACUCGAAGACGGGGAAGAAGGAGAAGGAGCGAGGAGACAUUCAGGUCACCGUUCAGUUCACCCGAAACAACCUGACAGCCAGCAUGUACGACCUCGUCAUGAAGGACAAGAGCGCCUCCACCUUCGGCAAGCUCAAAGAGCGCAUGAAGGGGAAGAGGAGAUCCAGCGACGAGGACUCGGCGUCGGCCAUCGUGUCGAGCGGUACCGCGUCCCUUUACAGGAUGCGGCACCGACUGCCGAGCGACGGAGGCGGGGAGGAGGACUACGAGGACGACGAGGGGGGCGAGGUCCGGCGGAGCAAGAUGAGGACCUUCUUCCUGAGAGGGAAGCUGAGGAAGUCCUCGGAUACUCGUUCCAGCACAUCGCUCGGCUCGGAGAGCAGCGAGUCGUCUUCACGGGGAGGCCUCAGCCCCACGGCCGGCAUCAGCGUGGUGGUCUCCGACCUCUCCAACUCGCCCAGCAACAGCAGCAACCUGACAGUCGACAACAGCCCAGAGCACACAGCCAACGUGUCGCCCAAGUCGUCCUCUCUCCAGUGUGAGUUUGGCGACGAUGAGGCCGGUGAGAUCACCAUCGCAGUGCCUCAGCCCGCUGUGUACGUUAACGGAAGCCAUGCUUACAGCGUCCAGCCCCUGGACCCAGGCUCAGGAAAACCGAAGGAUUCUUUAGGCCUGGGACUGCUGCAGAAGACUUUGCCUCUGUCCACGUCUCUGCAGAACCUCAGACCCUCCUCAGACCUCCCCAAAGGCCCCGCGGGGGACGGGCGCCGCUGGUCUUUUGACAGGCCCGGCGAGGAGGAGAAGGCAGCCAUAGCGGCGGCCCUGGAGCAGAGCGGCCCCAUGCAGGGUGACGAGGAGGAGCGGGCCGCUCCGCCCAAAGCCGCCUCCUCCUCCUCCACCUCCACGGUGGAGUCGGAGAGCCAGGGGAAAAAGCAGAGGAGGAACUUGUUCUCCCACGGGAAGAGUGAGUCUGCGGGGAAAGGUCAGUCCAAGGAUGAGUCUGAACAGGCCACCGCCGCCGAGGAGACACAGGGAUGGUUUGGAUCGAAGGACUCGCACAGCAAACCCAGCCUGGUGGUGUCACCUAAACUAGAGCCCAGCACUGACCCCCACCCACCACCCCUCCCACGCUGUCACCACCCCCCGGGGCCCCCCUUGGUGUCUCCACUGCAUCACACUAACCCCUUCUGCCCCUCACAGACCUCUCCGCCUCCCAUAUCCCCCUGCAACCCUUUCUUCUCUCUCCUCCAGCAGCACAACCCUUUCUAUGACGACUCGCUAACCGCUCAGCCCCUAAAACCCUUGCUGCCUCCUCUGCCCUAUCUCUCCAGCGCCCGGCCCCCGAUAACCCAACUCUUUCCAAAUCACCCGAAUCACAACAACCCAACCACAGAAGGCCUCUCUGGUGCAAAGAGUGAAGCUGUGAAACGACCUCUUCCUCCGAUUCCACCGAAAGAAGAGAAACCUUUAAGCAGGAAGUUACCCAACCCUUUUAUGUCUGCCGGGGAGCCAGAUUCAGAGUGGGACGAAUCGUUUGAAGCGUUUGCAGCUGGCAGGCUGCAGUCUCCCGAGGAUCUGACCACAGACUGCAAAACACAGCAAAACACACCCAGUGAGCAUGCACCACAAUACUGCAACAAUAAAGGAGCAUUACCACCAAAAACACAUCAAAACACUAACGACGCACAGCUUUGCACAGAAUUUAUGUUCGAAGGACACAAAGCGACUCAUCAUCUCGACACAUUUGCACAAUUCCUUGAGACGAUCCCGGAGCACACGAGCUUCGAGAACUUUAACACUCCCUCUAACUCACCAAAACCGGAUGCUUGCACUGAAACUAAUGAAGCUAACAGUCCGACUAACACGGACGAUUUAACCGACACUAACAUGCAUCAAGCCCCCGCUCACACCUCCACCGCCAAGCUCAACAGCAGCUCCCCAGAUCCUGGAUCCUCGGGUCUCGGCAGUUCAGCAGAAGAGGAUUUCCUCUCCUGUCUUUCUUCUUACUCCGACAAAUUCUCUGCAUCCUCCUCCGAGGAAGCGGAGGCACACAACUUUGAAAUCUUCGGCUUUGAUUCGUCGGUUGCAAAAAAGCUGAAACCCUCAGAAUCUGAAGACGACGUCACUGAGAGCAACGAUCUGUCUUCAGUCGAAGCGGCCCAGCACACUGUUAUUCAGCAUGAAGAGGGGGAUGAAGAGGGAGAUCCUGUGAUCGCUGCAAGAGAGACAGGAAGUGAGGAUGCAGUCACUCAGUCGACGAACUUUUCAAACAUCGACUUGUUGCCAAAACUCUCAGAACUGCAGCCAAAUGUCUCUUUACAGCCUGACACUGAAAACAAAGAGGAUUCAGAGGAUUUAUUAGUGUUAAAUGUUUCCUCUGAACCUGUAAGAAACACUACAGAUGUGACAACUGCAGAAGAUGAAUUCUGCUCCACACACCCAUCAGUUCACAUCAUAACCUCCUCCCCUGAUGUGACGCAGAGCUCGUCUCUUCUUGAAAGCACAAGUUUAGGAGUGCAGGAUGCCACCCAGCGUUCACCGAUACCAUUCAGACUUUUUGGUGAUUUCCUCAGCACUAGUCACAUUGCAAACAGUCCGGAUCAAGACUUUGACGACACACUGCUGCACACUUGUGUGUCCGAUCAGAGCAGCUUUUUCCAAAGUCUUUACGUCAGCACCGACUCGCAGGAUUACCAAACCUGCGAGUCUCACCCGUCCACUAAAUGUUCCGACAGCUCGGAGCCAAACGCGACGCUGCACUCUGCGAACUCGACGAUCUGCGGCGAGCUGAGUGAGAGUCAGAGGACUGAGGAAGAUCCCACCAGUGUGUGCGAGACAUGUAACGAAGAAAUCAACCAGUCAGAAAGAUCCAUUUGUGGAGCGAAGGACAAGACAAGUCAAGAACAAGUAGCCACUCAGUCAGCUGACUUUUCAAAUGCUGAAUUGAUACCGAAACUGCAGCAAAACUCCAACAUCUCUUUACAGCCUGACGCUGAAAUCAAAGAGCAUUUUUCCAAAGUCUUAAACGAUUCCUCUGAACCUGUAAGAAACACUACGGAUGUGACGACAUCUACGACUCAAAAAGAUGAACUCUGCUCCGCACUCCCGUCAGUGCACAUCAUAACCUCCUCCCCUGAUGUGACGCAGAGCUCAUCCAUGCAAGACGUUGGCGACACACUGUUGCACACUGGUACAUCUGAUCAGAGCAGCAUUUUCCAAAGUCUUUAUGUCAGCACUGAGUCUCAGGAUUACCAAACCUGCAAGUCUCUCCCGUCCUCUAAAUGCUCCGGUGGCUCUGAGCCGAACGAGACGCUGCACUCUGAAAACUCGACACUCGGCAGUGAGCUGAGUAGAGAAGAUCUCACCAAUGCAAGCACGCCAAGUAACAAAAAAAUCGACCAAUCUGAAGGAUCAAUCUGUGGAGUCGAGGACAAGACAAGUCGAGAACAAGUAUUCACUCAGUCGCUGGACUUUUCAAACACCAACGUCUCUUUACAGCCUGACAGUGAAAACAAAGAGGACUUUUCCAAAGUGUUAAAUGAUUCCUCCGUAACUGUAAGAAACACUUCAGAUGUGAUGAUGUCUACAAAUCCAAAAAACGAACUCCGCUCCAAACACCCGUCAGCACACAUCAUAACCUCCCGCCCUGAUGUGACGCAGAGCUCGUCCGACUCUCCUAUUGAGAGUUUAAGAGGGCAGGAUGCAAGCCAGCCUCCUCCAGUACCAUUCGGACUUUUUGGUGAGUUCGUCAACACUGGUAGCACUGCACUCAGUCCGGGUCAAGACUGUGACGACGCACUGCGGCACACUUGUGUGCUGAGAAGUCAGAAGACUGAGGAAGAUCCCAUCAGUGCGUGCAAGCCACGUAACGACGAAAUCAACCAAUCUGAAGGAUCUGUUUGUGGAGCGGAGGACGAGACGGUAACCCCUGAGCCGAGCUUUUUGAUAGACAAUAACUUUGGUUUACCCCCUGCGGCGUCGGACUCUCACGUUAGCUGUAAUCAGAGGAAGCUCUCAGAAGGAGGUGCAGAAAACCAGCAUGUCGCUUCAAGCAACCCUCUGGCACAAACUGCUCCCAGACACCGCUCCCACUCUGAAGGCACACUGACACCCGACUUCGACGAGCUCCUCCUCCCCUCCUUUGGGAGUGAUCCUGGCAUGAUCCAGGAGUCCUCCUCUGCUCCGCCUGGCCCUGACCUCCCCUCUCUGACCUCCUUUGCUCCCUCUCUAACUCCUCAAAGUAGCUGCUCCCCUGUAGCGCUCUGUUCCCUUCCUCCUUCUGCCGAUGCUUCGACGAAGUCACCGCCCAGCGUGGCACGAGGCACACCGCCGCUACUUCAGGAGACGCAGCAGCAGCAGGCGGCCAAUCAGCAGAACAGCCCCCACCCCGUGAAGCCCCUGACCACUGCCAUGCUGGCCGAGGAGAAGCGGACCGAGGGCCGGUCAGUGCUGGCCACCGGCCUGGAGAAGCUCAAGUCCACCAUCCACCCGGGGAGGAGCAGCCAGCUCAGCGAGCCGGAGACCGACAGGAAGAAGUCUGGGACGGAGGGCGCGGGCUCGUACUACCACCUGAACCACAGUGAACUGGUCGCCCUGCUGGUGCAGCGGGAGGCGGAGCUUGAGAGGCAGAAGGCGGAGUUUGAGCGUCAGAGGCUGCUGCUGGCAAAGCGGGAGGUGGAGCUGAAGAAGCUGAAGCCGCAGGUCAAAGAUCUGGAGGACUACAUUGACACGCUGCUGGUGCGCAUCAUGGAGCAGAAGCCCACUCUGCUGCAGGUGCGCUCCAAGUUAAAGUGACGCCGGCCGCUCCGUUCACUCGGUCCUCCACAACAACAGCUCUUUAGUCUUUUCACUGCUAUGCUGUCCUUUUUGAUACAAAUAUUUAGGCACUGAGAGGAGUCGAGGCGACGUUCUGCAGCCGGCAUGCUUUACUGCGCUGAGACGCGUCCUCGCAGAAGGCUUCGGGUCGUGCGGUUCUGAAUGUAGCGGGUCCUCAGGUUGAUUUCAGGUUCACACAGCCAGGUGGUUUUGAGCUCACGGAGGAGAGCGGGUUUGAAACCCAUGCUUCCAUUUCGGGAUCCUGAUUGUAGAAACAUUGAUUCCUCCUUUUCACCUCACCUCACUUUUAUCACUUUUUCACCACAGAGAGAAACUGUAGCGUCUCAGUCCACAACAGUCCGUAUCAAACCAGCUCCCCAAAAGACUCUCUGCUAAAGUGGAGCCGCUUUCAGAGCCACUCUGGUGGUUUUGCAUGUUUCAGAUCGUUAACUACAAAUUGCAUUCGCUUACAAACUGCACAUUUCUGUUGCUCAGCAUCAGGUUUAGAUUGAUUUUAUACCUUCGAGGCAGCAGCUGGUUUCACUUUGUUUCAGUGCAGCAUGAAACUCAUCGUGCAGAGAGCUUCUCUGUCACAGUGAACGUCUCUGACGCAUUUGAUUUUUAUUGCAUCGUUGUGUUAUGAAGGUAGUGAAGCGGCAGAAAGCAGGGACAGUUUUCAAAACAGUGCAACAGCAUUACAUAUUUCAAAUUAUGUUACUGAAUUAGUAUAGUUUUUCAGGCAUUUUACUCAGGUCCUUUGUUGUUGUAAU